UCUUGCUACUUCUUUAGCUUUUAUAUCUAUAAUUCCUGGGUUUUUGGAAUGUUCUUGCUUGCUUCCUUCUGUGUUCUAGACCACAUUGCUUGCUCUGGAAUUUAUUGAAAUUGUUCUCUGUUGACUUUUUCUUUUCUUAUAUGUUAAUGGUGAUGGUUGUCUUGUGUGAGUGUGAUUGAUGUUGAGGGCUGCAUCUCUUAUAGGUUCUUUCCAAGCUUUUUUUCCAAUGGAGAUUUCUUCCAUUAGUGGGUUAACUGAACUGGAAAUGGAGGAACCCAGCUUCAUAGACCAGUGGCCCAUGAACUCCAUUGAUGAUCUAAGCUUACUACCACUAGUAUCUGCAUUUGGAGAGAACAUGCAACAUUCUUUGUCUCAUCACCCAACUUUCAACCUCAAAACCUCCAUGGAAGCUUCUUCUAAUACUGUAGGCACUGUUAGACCCUCAAAGCAACUGAAACCAAACGGCUUCAAUUCAAGCAAAACUACAGAUUAUAAUCUGCCAAACCCCCAAGCUGCUUUUUCACCAAACAUUCUUUCGUUUGCCAAUUGCACCAACCCAUAUCAAAUGGGAAUGGCAAAGCCUGAAGAGGAGGCUGUUUGUUUUAAAAACAUCAAUACCCUCCCUUCUGAUACGCUGGUUUCUCCAGGGAACCAAAACUAUAUGUUCAAGGCAUGCCAAGGAGCUAAGAGGAUCAGCACCAAUAACAGUAGUAGACAUUCUCAAACCCAGGAUCACAUUAUAGCAGAAAGGAAGAGAAGAGAGAAGCUGAGCCAGAGAUUCAUAGCUUUGUCUGCUAUAGUUCCAGGCCUCAAGAAGACGGAUAAGGCUUCUGUUCUUGGGGAUGCUAUCAAGUACUUGAAACAAUUGCAAGAGAGAGUGAAUACACUUGAGGAAGAAACAAAGAAAAAAACCAUGGAAUCUGUAGUCAUUGUGAAGAAAUCUCAACUGCUCUUUUGUGACGAUGAAAAUUCUUCCUCAGAUGAGACUUUCUCCGAAGGCUCUGUAGAUAAGCCUUUGCCGGAAAUUGAAGCAAGAAUCUGUGACAAACAAGUGCUUGUAAGAAUUCACUGUGACAAAAGGAAAGGAGUUUUGGAGAAAACUGUGGCAGAAAUUGAGAAACUUCACCUUACAGUGGUCAAUAGCAGUGUUCUUUCAUUUGGGAAUUCUGCUCUUGUUGUUACUAUAAUUUCUCAGAUAGAUAAUGAAUUUGGCAUGUCAGUGAAAGAUCUUGUGAAGAAUCUACACUCAGCUUUCAAGUUGUUCAUGUGAACAAUCCCCAAGUUUUCUCAGUUCUUAUAAUAUUCAAGAAUCUGCUUUCUUUACUAUGCUUCUGCUGGAAAGUUUGAGAGAUGCUAGGAAUAAUCCUUCUAUACAUAGACAGAAUCGGUCAUAGACAAGGCCUGGAAUGCUCCACCAUUUUAUAUCGUUACUUGUAAGCUUGUUUUGCUGUGAGGUUCAUUUUGCAGGAGGGUGUUUUUCAUUUUUUUUUCCCCCUUUUUCUGAUCAUUUUUGCAUGGAUAGAACUGGACACCCACCUGUUUUAAAAGAGGGACCUUACAGCUUGUUUGGGCUCUUUUUCUAGUGGGAGGUAGAGAAGUCAGCUGAACAUGUUAAGUCCCUUUCCCACCUAAGGUGGUUGAAUAGGGAAAAUGAUUUUUUUUUUUUAGACAAACAGGCCUUUGUUAUUGUUGUAUUAAAGUGUUUUAGAGGCACAUUCUUGGGCCUCUUUUUUAUUAA